AUGCUAUUCGUCGGAAAGGUGCACAAUUGCAUGCGUCUUGUGAGCGGCAACUCCACCAUGCCGCGCACCCGCCCAUUCAGCGCCGCUUGUGCCACACCGAGACAUGUUUAUCGGGCCCUAAAGAAACUCUACCCGACCCACGCCUGCAAGGAACACCGUCGUGUUUUUGACAUGCUCGAGAAAGAAAACGUUUACUCUGAAAACCAUGUCCCGCAACUGGAAGAUGUCUCCAACUUCUUGAAAAUAAAAACAGGCUUCCAGUUGCGCCCUGUUGCUGGACUACUGUCAGCACGUGACUUUUUGGCCAGUUUAGCUUUCCGGGUAUUCCAGUGUACCCAGUACGUACGUCACAGUUCAAAACCUGACCACUCACCUGAACCGGAUUGCAUUCAUGAACUCCUCGGUCAUGUCCCGAUGCUAGCUGACCCUGACUUUGCGGAGUUCUCCCAGGAGAUUGGACUGGCAUCGUUAGGUUCCUCUGACGAAGACAUUGAAAAGUUUGCUACGGUAAAUAUCUAUCUAUCUAUCUAUCUAUCUAUCUAUCUAUCUAUCUAA